GUUUUGUAGCUUCGGCAUUGGCAUCGGCAUCGGCAUCGGCAUCGGCAUUUCAGCCCAUCCAGGCUGGUUGAAUGAUGAUUGGUCAUGAGGGGCUGAUGGAUCAUGGCGGGUAUUGGUAACUGAAGAGUCAUGACCCCUUUUCGAGAGUGAAGGCGUGAAUCCAUCCAGCUGAAGGUACAGAAGCAUUGGACUCGAUCAUGUCGGAGCCGUCCCCGCUCCGUCAGCUCCGUCUCACCCAGUUCCGUGUCUUCCAUGUGUUCGAAUGAGUCAGGCGACACCACCACCACACCCACGAUGGCUGCCCGAAUUCAGACCCUGGAAGAUGCAUUGGCCCAAGCUCGUCAAGAGAUCGAAAGUCUCCGCCGGUCGCCCGCUCCUGUGGCUGAGCUUCAAGCUUUAGUGAACGUGCAAACCCGAGAAUUCGAUCAGAUUCGCCACCAGCUAUCGACUUUUAAUGACUCAGUAUUGAAUCCGGCGUCAGGCGUACCGGAAUCCACGCCUGUGUUAGAGUUUUUGGCGGCUUCGCGACAUAAAGUUGAUCAUCUCUAUCAGAGUGGCUUAGCCAUUGAUCGCGAAAUACACCAAACCACUUAGAAAUAUCCCUUAGGCAUGACCUGUUUGUUUCAUUAAGACAUUAUUGUCAUUAACCUUCCCU